AAUGGUUUGUCCAGAAAGCAAAGGCGUAGACGGGAAACAAUAAGUACGCGAGCUCCAUCGAAUUAGUCGUGGCUCGGUUUUACGCUGGUGCAUCGCACGGCGGUAUAAAUGGAUUUUGAAAUCAAUGGGUCCUUCAGUCGUUUGGAUCGCCUCGAAUAGAAGAAAUAAUCGAGACAUCGGGCGACAUGAAGACUAUUUUUCUAGGACUUUGUCUUCUUUGCCUCUCCGGAUCGAGAGUGCAAUCGAAGCCACAGAUAACGAAGCUGUUUCCAGUCCAGGAGGCGAUAGAGUACCAUCAGCGAACAAACGAGAUGAAACCGUUGGACAGGUUCCUGGGAAAAUUGCGGGCCACGUACGACUUCGUGUUUCGAAAGCCAGAGAACACUAGCAACGUGGAGAAAAUUCUGGCAACAGACACCAGCUCUGAAAGGUCUCGUCAAACAGAGCGAACGUUCUUGUCUGACGACGAUUGGGUCAACGACAUUCAACCCCUGGACCGCUUGGAACCCCUCGAACCCCUGGACCUAGAAGAAGAAACACAAGAUAAGAAUCUGCAAGUUGAAUUUAUCACUCCGAAACCAAGUUUCCAGUUUCCUGUUACGCUGAGCAGGCAUCUGGUCGACUGGCUCGGGUCGCUGUUGGGUGUCACGUAUGGAGUUUACUCUAAAUUAGCCAGGGCUAUUUACAGCAAUAAUACAAUCGUAAACAAUUAACCAUGGAAAUAAUAUUGUAAUUUAAAAAAUGAAAACUGACUUUGUACUUACUUAACUGACAUUGUAUCCCAUCUUUCGUUAAAAUAAAUUAUUU